GUUAAAUAAUAUAUUACACACACACACAGGGAUUCACAAGCGCGGAGCAGACAUGGCAGCACCUGCUAAGGGGACCAGCAGAACAGCUCAAAAUGAUGUGGCUUCAAUAAAGAAGAAAGGACCGGGAGCCCUCGCUACAGCCUACCUGGUCAUCUACAAUGUGGUGAUGACGGCGGGGUGGCUUGUUAUAGCUGUUGGUUUGGUGCGUGCAUAUCUUUCCAAAGGCAGUUACCAUGGCCUGUAUUACUCAAUAGAGAGACCCUUGAAAUUCUUCCAGACUGGAGCACUCCUCGAGAUUUUACACUGUGCUGUAGGAAUUGUUCCCUCGUCCGUGGUUCUGACUGGAUUCCAAGUCAUGUCCCGAGUCUUCCUUACCUGGGCAGUCACCCACAGCGUGAGAGAGGUACAAAGUGAAGACAGUGUUCUGCUUUUUGUAGUUGCUUGGACAGUAACAGAAAUCAUCCGCUAUUCCUUUUACACCUUCAGCCUCCUAAACCACCUCCCGUACCUCAUCAAGUGGGCCAGGUACACUCUGUUCAUUGUUCUGUACCCCAUGGGCGUCACUGGAGAGCUGCUCACGAUAUACGCUGCUCUGCCCUACGUCCAGAAGACCGGAUUGUACUCUGUAACGCUGCCCAACAAGUACAACUUCUCCUUUGAUUACUACACCUUCCUCAUUCUCGUAAUGGUCUCCUACAUUCCACUUUUCCCUCAGCUGUACUUCCACAUGAUGAGACAAAGAAAGAAGGUUUUGGCAAGUGUGGAGGAGCAUCAAAAGAGCAAUUAAACCAGGAAUCCCCCCCCUAGAGGAAUGCCUUUGUGUACCGAUGGAGAGAAGAGGACAUAUUUAACUACUGUCUGCUCAAUCAAUGGCUACUUUGCAGAAGGAAUCAGAACUCUUAAAUUAAAUAAUAGUUUUUUGGGGUGAAUACUAACAGUGUAAUUGUUAGAGGAUGACUGUUCGUUAAUUGGAUUUCUGAAGCAAUUUGAAGAAGAAUAUUUUAAAAAAUCUGCUAAAAAAAAGCAGAAUAAUAUAUAUAUAUAUAUAUAUUAAUAUAACACAUACAGGUAGUGGACAAAAAAAUGGAAACACCAAUGUAAAGUCACUUAAUAGGGCGUUGGGACACUAUGGUAUCCCGGUCUGUGGAGUUCUCGUUUUUGAUGAAACUGGCUGCUCGCGCCCCAGGUUGAAAUUUGCAGUCAAUUGAUCUGCAGUUGCUCGCCUGUUUUGCCUUGCACUUCAAAUUAAUGCACGGAUUGCACGAUCCUGGAGUAUGCGCUUCCGCCCACUGUUGCCCUUUGCUGAUGAUGUCUUUCCCUUGGAGUUCCAUGCCGUCAUCACCUUAGACACUCGUAAAACAUCAGCAAGUUGAGCUGUCUUGGUCACUAAAGCUCCUGCCAAACGCGCCCCAACAAUCACCACUCUUUCAAAGUCAGUGAGGUCUCCUCUUGCAGCCAUGCUAGCCAUAAUUAUAGGCAAACAGGCCUGUCCAGCAUUUUUAUACAUGACCGUAAGCAUGCUGGGAUGUUAUUUGCGUAAUUAACACAUGAGCCACACCUGUGUGGAAGCCCUUGCUUUCAAUAUACUUGGUGUCCCUCAUUUACCCAGGUGUUUCCAUUUAUUUGUCCACUACCUGUAUAUAUAAAAUGUAAAACAUGAAUUGUAUGCUCCUUACAGUAUGUUGUAUGGCCAGUGAAUAUUUGUUUUAAGUUCUGGGAAGACCAUUCCAUCAUUGUCAGGGGCAUUUAAUACAAUAAUUCUCAAUAAUAUAAUCAGCCAGUGACCAACUACAUUUUCACCAGGAGGCAACCCCACGUGCUGCUGUUGUCAUCUUGUGAGUUUGGUAUUUAAAAAGGUUCUUUGUUGUUUGUUGCAAGGAAGAGUCGUAAACAAACCAUUUUACAAGCUAGGAGAAAAAAAAAUACUUUGUAUGUGGUGAAUUGUUCUUAAAAUUGUGCGACAGUUACGCAGUACUGCGUAGAGCAUUGUCCAGAAAAAACAAAAACAAAAACCUUUUCAUAACAUGGAAAUGUAUUUAGUUUGUAUUUAUACUAAAAUGAUUAGUACUUUAAGUACAAUGUAUAAUUAUGAUAAUAGUUUUACUUAUUGAUGUACCAAGUAUUUUUUCAAUUCUGUGUUUGUUGUUGUUUCUCUGUCGAAAGCAGUGUGUAUAUUUUGUUUAAUUUAGAAAUGUAAGUUGAGGGGUUGUGUUUAAUUACCAAAAUACCAGGAGGAGCAGAAAGAUAACAAAGUAGCAACAAAUAAUUGUAUACAAUUGGUAUGAACGAUAUGUCUUUUUUGUGUGUGUAUUGGAGACCAUGUUUAAUUUUGAUUAAUGUGUAGUUUUAUCUCAUUUGCAGUGUGCAGAAAAGGGCACCCCCAUGUUAGUUUCUGUAAAGGCAGGCAGGAUCCUCUCAAGCCAGUGUGGGAGGGACAGUCCCCAAACACGCUCCAUUGGACUCAGUCCUUUAUUGUAAAUGCAGGACGCGCACACAGUCUACCUUGGCACAUGAUUCUGUUCAAAAACAUCUCUCCAGAAGCUUCAACCUUGAGCUGAACUGACCCAGCAGUAAAUCAAAAGUGGGUCUGUGGGCCGGUUGAACUGUAACCUCUCAAAUGAAUUAGUUUCUCAUUCAUUCCAGUUGUGGGUAUUGUCCUGAAUGCUGCUGAAUUUUACAGUUGCCUGUAUGCAAGACUGCAAACCUCAAGUGUUCUUUACUUUCGCUUCAUGCAUUUCUAACCUAAUAAUGUUCUAAUACCAGGAGUUCAAAAUGAAUGUACAGCUUACUGUACGCCAUCUGUUCUUUAGUCAAGGUUGGUUGUAAAGAGGGACCAAGCACAUGGUUUUUGAAAUUUGUACUGGAUAUUUAGAUAUUGUUCAAGCUUAGAAUGGGUCGUGUUUCCAACAUUUAUAUUUUUAUAGCUUAAGAGGUGGGAACAGUACAGGGGAAGUUUUGGAUUUAGCAUCUUUUCAGGCCUUUAUUCUGUGUUCUCACUCUGACCCAAAACGGAACUCUUAUGCAAGCUAACCCUAGUUGCGCAGCCACAAAGCUUAAUUACUACUGAACUUGUUUGGUCAAUGAACUUUAAUUACUGAGUGAAUGCACACAUUUUGUUUAGCUUUGAGACAUGCACAUCUGCUUUCGUAAGUUGAAAAGUUUAGUCUACAUGGAUUUGUUGCAGCAGUUUAUUUAAAACCCAAGCAGAUCUCUUCUAACUCCACUGUACUGGGGUCAGGCAUGCAAAAACCAAUGAGGAGUCUUGAGCAGUAGCUUUGCUUGAGUGCCAGGUCAAUACUGCAUUGUGUUGUAAUGUGUUGCAAUGUCCCUGAUGACUAAAGUAUUCAAUGUCUCUUCUAUGAACUAUUUUAGAUGCUGUCAGAAAAGCUCAACAUGCUCAGUCUGUUAGAUCUUAAUGGGGGGUUGGAAUUGGAUAUUGAUUGAUUCAAUUCUUUUAUCCUUUAAUCAUAAUCAUUCACUGAUUUGAUGACGCUUACAUUUCCCAGUUGAUAAUGUUAACUAUGUUCAGAGACCCUUUUUUUCAUUUUAGCUUUAAUUGAUCCAGGAGUAAAAAAACAAAAGCCUGUUGUAUGCAAGAGGUGCUUCCUAAAUCAUCAUUUCAUUCUGCAGGACUGUGGUCCUCAAGUGAAACGCCAGAAAAAGUCCCCCCUUGUCAUACAGUGUACAUGCAUUUUCAACAUGGUUUCUGGUAUGCUUCCACUCGGAUGUGUUUCAGAAAAUGCUGGCUGUUUUUUUUUUUUUUCUGACAAUAAAAAGGAAUGCUGUUUCUUAAAGGGUUGUGUUUAUGUUGUUUAAAGUUAUUUCUGUAUUGCAUGGGUAUCCCAUUGCUGUUAUAGUGGGAUAGUGGUGCAUUUGUAUUCACAAGGCUACUGACAUUUUCUUUACAUUGGAGUAAGUUGAAAUGGCCUUUUGAAGUUCCAGGAUUUGGUUAUAUUUUAGGUUUGGAGUUUUAAAAACAAAAUGAAACAGUACAUUGUAUAAAACCCUGUAGGCAUGGACAUGGUUUUGAAAUGACAUUUGGAAUGUACAGUGCAGUGUGUGAGCAGCACUUCUACAUUUCUAUACAGAAUAUUUCCAUGGGACCAUUAAUGAACUAGAGAGCAGACUUUAUAUAAUACAGCAAGUAAUAUGAAAAUAUAUAUUUACCAUAAUAAACUCUUACAACCGUGA